AUUCAUAUCAAACACUAUUGUCACACACACCUUCAUAUGUAGAAAGGAGGAUACAACUAGAGAGAGAGAGAUUCAUAGGGAGAGAUAGGGAUGGGACAUAGCUCUUUCUUAAGAAGCCCUAAGAAGGAAGAGCAAGAAGUGCCAGACACCAAUUUUACCCUAUUAUCUGAUACCAACCAUGUUUAUGCCGACAAGAAGAACGAUAUUAUGGAUGAGUUGGAGGGCAUUUUGGGCAUUGAAGAUGAAGAAAACUUACUACCUGAAGGUAACAUGUAUGGUCAUCUUAAUUGGGACUUCAUGGACUGGGAAGGGUUUUCAGUUGGAGAAGAAGAGGAGGAAGAAGAAGAAGGAGACCAGAAGGUCGCGAACGUAACCGGACCUUUCCAAGAAGAAAGCCACUACUACUAUAGUAUAAAGAAAGAGAAUUGUGGGUUUUGGGAUGAAUUUGAUGAGCAGAAGAGGGUGUCUUUGAACUUGAGUUUGAAUUAUCAAGAGGUCUUGGAUGCGUGGUCCGGUCGCGGCUCUCUUUGGGCCGACAAUUAUUCUCUUUCAAUGGCCAAUAACAGCUAUAUGGGAGAGGUGCCUGUGAUGGAAGAAGAGAGAACAAGGAGGGAAGCUAGUGUACUUAGAUACAAAGAGAAGCGACAAUCCAGAUUGUUUUCUAAAAAGAUAAGAUAUCAAGUUCGCAAACUCAAUGCAGAUAAAAGACCUAGGCUCAAGGGUCGGUUUGUGAAGAGGGUUCCAGAGAAGAUACUAAAAUGAGGAGUCCAGAAAAAUAUCUCAAAAAAGUAUCUUACUUUAUGUGAACUUUUCCAUGCAUAUGCUUUGUGUUUGUCUCAAUGGAAAAUAUCUAAAUUCGCUCUCUACUUUUGGUCA